AUGAUAGAAGUACGAAGAACUAGUCAAAUUCCUUUAUGGGCAUCCAAAAUAUUGGUACUUGUCCUUUUUUUGGUGGUUUUCUCUGACAUUUUUGAAACUCAAAACAAAUUAUUACACUUUCAAAAGAUUAGUUUGUUGAAAUUACAGGAAGGGAGUAUAAAGGAUGAAACAAACAAGAGUACCGGAUCUGAAGCUUUGGAUUUAAACAAGAAGAGUGAUUUUUUGGAAGUAGAUAACCGAUUAGAGGAAAAUGAGGUAAAUUCUGAAGCUAAAUUAGAAACAAGUGACGUAAAUGAAAUUGAGAGUAAGGUGUCUGAGUAUUCUCUAGAUUCCGUGGAUGAGCUGAUAUCACCCAUUGUUAGUAUUUGUUUAACUGAACUAACAAACAUUCACGAUAUUCUUGAAUUAGAAUAUAAUUCAAUUUCAUCCAUUUCAAUGUUGGAUAAUUUAGAAGAGUGCAUUAACACAAAAAAUACUAUUGAUAAGAUUUUAAAGAUAAUGAUCAAAGCCAAGGAACUGUUGUUCUACGAAAAAAAAGGUAACUUUUCUGAUAAUAAUUCACUAAAAGAAAAUUCAGGAAAGGAAUCAAAAAACAAUAAAAAUAAAACUUCUGACUUGUUCUUCUAUCUUCAAACAAAUAUCUCAAUACUGAAGAAGACAAUUUCUCUCUAUAAUAUUAAAUACAGAGUUUUCUCAAGUCAGGAACAGAUUCUUAGUCGGAUUACUAUGUUAAUGAAUGAAAUUAAUACUUUGGUUAGUAAAUUCAAAAACUUAACCAAAAAUAAUAAAAAUACCUUUGAAAAAGUUAUGUUUGAAGUUACAAAACCUGUUUCUAAGGUCAUUCAUGAAUAUAAAUCCAUCUUAAGGAAAACCCGCUUGUUUAUGUUCACUAAAUACCACACCAAACAUUCCAAGAACAUUGAGCAUUAUAUACAAACUAUUUCAUGUAUGCUCAAAUAUAGAAUUCAAUCUUCACCUGCAUUUGACGAACUUCUCUUUAUGUUGAAACCAACUCUUAAGUCAUGUAGGUAG